AUGGGACCAAAUACACAACGUUAUGGUUAUAUUUACGGAUACAAUGGAAGUCGUGGUUAUAAUUACACAAUACAUACGGGAAUUAACAAUAUGGCAGAAAAAGGAAAAGUCAUUGAUUUUCAUUCUGAGUAUUCUAAAUUUAUUACAAUUGCUACUCAAUAUGAAACAGAGUUCUUUGACGGCUUAACAUUUCCAUCACUGAGUAGUGGAACUUCGAGACCAAAACCGUUUCUCAACGUUUUUCAAGGUGAUGUGUGUCGGUAAGUCGUUUUCUAUUGAUUCAAUAUCGUGGAUUAUAAAAGGUUAUUCACUUUUUAGUCCUGUUCAUUUGAGAUAUAAUCGAACGAUUUCAAUGUUUGGUUUGCCAGCUGUUCAUGAAUAUAACUUAAAAUUAGUUAACUAUAUA